ACUAUGGGACAAUUGUACAUAGAUUGUGUGAACGUGGCUACUACCGUGGGACUUGCAAAAAGGCAACUUGAGGAUCACGGGAUGGUGUCUAGGGCUGCUCCGUUCGUAACUCUUUGUCUUCUCUUGUGGAUUGCACACUGCCAAUUGGAGAUUGAUAAUCCAUGUGACUGUGGUGAUAAUGCCGUGUGUAUGGGAUCUGAUGGCAGUUAUACUUGCACAUGCAUGACUGGCUAUAGUGGAAAUGGUACCUAUUGUUAUGAUAUGGAUGAAUGUGAAUUGAUGAUCGAUAACUGCUCAGAAGAUGCUUGUUGCACUAACACCCCUGGCAGUUACUUAUGUACAUGCAAAAAAGGAUACAUUGGCGAUGGGAUUUCGUGUGAUCGGGGAUGCUCAGAGUCAGUGAGUUGCCCACAAAACCCUUGUGAUGGUGCUACUUGCCCUGGACUGGUGGAAGCUAUAUGUGUGGUUGAUUUGGGUGACUGCAGUGCGACAUGGUUUAUUGAUGAUGAAGAUGUCACUGAUCAAUGCCAAGGAUGUAAUGAUGGAGAUGUCCGUUUAAAAAAUAAUCUAAUGGGAGAUAUGACUAAAAUGCUAGUGGAAGAUAUGACUGAAAUGCUACUGGAAGUAUGCUAUAACUCCACCUGGGGAUUGGUCUGUGAUGACCAGUGGGGAGCAAAUGGCAUUAAUGCCCAAGUUGUCUGUAAGCAACUUUGUUUCGAGAGUGGAGAGAAAGGUAAAGUGUGUCCAAUUUUGAGCGAUGGGAUAUUCUGGUUGGAUGAAGUGAAUUGUACGGGAGACGAAGGGCGUUUGGAUAACUGUGCACAUAGUAACAUUGGAGAACAUGACUGCACCCUUGCUGAGGCUGUUACAGUUGUCUGUUCAACUAAUGUCUGUCCUGAAGGGUCUAAAUGUACACAAGAUGGGAAUUGCUACACUAAAGAUGAAACUGGUUACAAAGAUAUUGAUGAAUGUGCUAUGAAUGUGUCCUGUACGGAAAAUUCCAUGUGUACAAAUACAGAAGGAAGUUUCUACUGCAUGUGCAACCCUGGAUACUGCUGUGGGGAAGAUGGAAAUUGUACAGAUAUUGAUGAGUGUGCUAUGAACACUACUCGCAACUGUACCAAUGAAUGCAGUUAUGAGUGUGCUAUGGGCACUCAUAACUGUACUAGAAAAGGUUCUAAAUGCGUCAAUACUCCCGGUAGUUAUUUUUGCAUGUGCUUGCCAGGCUACACAGGCAAUGACUGUGAAGACAUUGAUGAGUGUGAAGAUCCCACUCUUAACAACUGUGAUGUAAAUGCUAUGUGCAUCAAUACUCCUGGCAGUUUCUCGUGCAUGUGUAAUAAUGGCUACUUUGGAAGUGGAACUGACUGUGAACUGUGCUACAUGGGGGAUGGAACUGACUGUGAUAUGUGUAAUCCUGACAAACCUUUUUGCCUUGGUUAUACUAAAGAUUGCAUAGACAUUGAUGAGUGUGAACUUGGUUUGGACGACUGUGACGAAAAUGCUGACUGUAUUAAUACAGAAGGCUGUUACAUGUGCAUAUGCAGAGAAGGCUACUGUUGCAAUGGAACAAUUUGCACUGUUUCAGAUGCAAGUACGGGAAUUCGUCUUGUUGAUGGUAAUGAAACGUCUGGCCUUGUUGAGGUACUUCGCUAUUGUGAAUGGAGAUCAGUUUGUGAUGAUUAUUGGACCGAUCAUGAUGCAAAGGUAGCCUGUCGACAACUGGGACUCUUGCCUUAUGCUGCUGGAUCAUAUCGUAGGGGAAAAUUCGAAAAUGAUGAAGAAGUGCAAUAUUGGCUAGAUGAUGUACAGUGUAAGGGUGAUGAGUUGUCGUUGUUUGAUUGUCCACAUAAAGACACCCAUAACUGUGGGAGGAGAGAAAGGGCUGGAGUCCACUGUCUGGGUAAGGAUGAUGUUGCAAUAUGUCUGGUUGAAAACACAACUCUUUAUUCUGGAAUUAUUGACUUAAAGAUUAGAAAUGAAUCGAGAUCAGUAUGUCAUGAUCAAUGGACUGACGAAGAUGCUCAAGUGGCAUGCAAAUCAAUGGGACUUCCGUUUACUGGUGCUAAAAAAGAAAUCGAUGGAAGGUUUGAGCCAGGUGAAGAAGUUACAUACUGGCUGUCUCAGGUGAAUUGUCAGGGUGACGAAGAGUCCUUGCUUGCCUGCAUGCAUUGUGGAGUAGGAAACCAUAACUGUGGUAAAGACCAAAGAGCCAAAGUUAUUUGCCAAGAUAUUGAAGAUCGCAAACGCAGAGAAGAUAUUGAAGAUCGCCAAUCCAGAGAAGCACCAGACCCACCUUGCGAAGAGCGGAAGACAAGGGUGCUCAGACACACAAAUGAGUCCCAAUCUUUGAAAGAGGGUGAGGGUUUGGUGCAGAUUUGUUGGAUGGGUCAGUGGAGGUUUGUCUGUGACGAUGGAUGGGAUAUUAAUGCUGCAAGAGUUUUCUGCAGGGAACAUUACUUGCUUACUGAAGACACAGCUAUAACAUCCUUUCAUUAUCAUUUUGAUAAUGAUAUCAUCAAGUACAUUACUGGCUGAGAUGAUAUUCAAUGUGACUGGAGAAGAAAACGGCUUGAUGGACUGUGAGCAUGAACGUCUGGGUAUUCACAACUGUGCACAGGAUGAGAUAGCGGCUGUCAUAUGCAGUGGCACGGAGCAAAAUGUACACUUGAACCCUACCAGGCGGGACAGCAUAUGGUCCAUCUCUAACAAAGGUCUCAAACAAAUAGAUUAUGCUGUUGCUACAGUUGAAGUAGGAGAUAUCUGUGGCCUGAUUGAAUUUGAUCUUGAAGGCAAUGGAAUGAUCACUGUGGAGGUCGAUAUACUGGGGACUGAAAGCCACAGAAAGGUAUGAUUGGGGAAUCAAUGAUGAUGCAACAGGGAACUGCACAGAGAUACCCUUUGAUCCAGCUGGGUUUUUGGAAAACUGCAACUAUGAUAAGCACUGCAGACACUCAUUUAUAAAGUAAGUGUUC